AUGCCAGGAACACCGUCUAGUCUCGGAUGCGACGGGUGUCGCAGACAAAAGAAAAGAUGCGACCAAGCGAAACCUACAUGUGGAAGAUGUAGACGCGUUGGAAUAUCAUGUGUUGGAAAUGGUGUCAAGAGAUGGAAAUUUCAUUCUUCUUUUCAAAGUGAAAACAGCAACGAACAAAGCCUCAUAUCAUCUCCAAGAAGAAGCCCAAGCAAUGCCCAAACCAGGAUAUCAUCCUCGCUAGUCCAUAUCCUCCAGACCGAAGACUGCCGCUUUGACAUUCGUGCAUUCGGCGGAAAACUCAUUCCAGAACUGGUGGCUCAGAUCGGGUGCAAUGCGGCACUUGAUUCAUGUGUAGCCGCUAUGGUCACGCUUUAUAGAUCUCAACAGUGUCCAAGUUUGAGAGUUGAAGGGUUGACACACUACGGAGAAGCUCUGACAGCUACGAGUAAAGCGAUUGUUGAUCCGAAGGAACCCAUCAUGAUGAAGAUGCAAGUGGUUUCGGUCAUGUUUGUGUGUCAUUAUUGGAUUGAUCGUAAAUCAGUCGAAAAACAUCGUGAGAUAAUAUCAAUUUUAUUCCGGGAAGCUGUUUUGAAAAAGCAACUAGACGAUCUUGAGCCAUACAUGGUUGGAUUGACACAGUUAGCAGUCAUGGCAAGCUUCUUGAAUCCUCGGUUCGAGCUAGGGCCGUGGUUCUGGGAAGCAUGUGAAACAAUAGGCACUCCUCGACCUGUCAAGUAUCACCAAGGAAGCUUCAUCAGCCUAGAGUCUGGCACACUAGCUGAGGUUUCCAUUUUUAUGCGCUCACCAAAGAAGCAUCUCCACCAACUACAAUGUAUUUACAACGUUAUUCAAUUCGAGAUGCCAAAAGUUCGACGACUCAUUUCACUGGCGACGACGGCAGCAGCAGCACCCAACGCACAAGCUAUGUCAAAAAGAGUUUGCAGUUCAUACAGAUUUGCAUACGCGAUACUCCUCGCCAUGACAGCAGUAAUCAACCACACUCUUCAAAUAUGGGAUAAGAACCUAAGUCUUGUUGGAGAUGUACACGAUUGUGUUGAUGAGUCUAUUACUCUCGUGCAGCAAUGCGAGAGUGCUCGUCCAUACGGGGCCAUGUUUGUACCGGAAUUUCUUACUAUGGUCUAUGCGGCGGCAACGGAUGGAUACCGGAAUGACGAAAUGAUGAGUAUACUACUGGAUUAUGAGAGCGAUUGUAUCGGAGCCGAUUAUUUGGGACAUGCUUUGUCGGUUAGGGAACGGCUUUUUGCAAUGGAGAUGCAGGAGACAACGGAAGAGAUUCAGCAGGAACUGAGUACGGAUCUUGGCGCAGAAACGCAGAUCAUGACAGAGGAGGUUGAACAAGAUUAUCAGGCAGCUAGUGAGUGUAUAAUACUAUAG